AGCUGCCUUUGAAGUAUCGUGAGAUUACAUUCAGGAAGUGAUUCUCGGCAAUGUGAAAGAAAUGCUUCCAGACGUUUGCAAAGUGAUAUAACAUCCAUGGCGGGACAACUGAAGCGUCUGAAGGACGCAGUGAAGAUCAUAGGGUCCGGCAGCGUCCUGUUUGUCUCCUACCUCACUGCUGUGGGAGAUGAGCGCUUCUACACCAACCAGCUUAUGCCCUUGCUGCAGAGGAUUGUGGGAGCAGAGACAGCCCAUGUCAUGGCUGUGAGGUUAAUCGGCCUGGGUCUGGUGCCUCUGAACCGCUACCAGGACCCAGUAUCACUGGAAGUGAACGUCAUGGGCUGUAAAUUCAAGAACCCCAUAGGGAUAGCAGCAGGAUUUGACAAGCAUGGGGAGGCUGUUGACGGGCUUUAUAGACUAGGCUUUGGCUUCGUGGAGGUGGGGACCAUAACCCCCAAACCCCAGGAGGGGAACCCCAAACCACGUGUUUUCAGACUGACCACUGACCAGGCAGUCAUCAACCGAUAUGGGUUCAACAGCUGUGGUCUUGCAGCAGCACGGGAGAGACUAAAGGCAAGAGAAGGCACCCAGGUAGAGCUGACUAAAGCUGGCCUGCCCCUGGGCAUCAACCUGGGAAAGAACAAGCUGUCGCAGGACGCAGCGGCAGACUACCUGGAGGGGGUGCGGACGCUGGGCCCUCUGGCUGAUUACCUGGUGGUGAACGUGAGCAGCCCCAACACCCCAGGCCUCAGGGACCUGCAGGGGAAAGGGGAACUGCGACAACUGCUGUACAAGGUGCUGAAGGAGCGUGAUGCCCUACAGGGGGGGAGCAGGCCACCUGUACUGGUAAAGAUUGCCCCUGACCUCACCGCCCAGGAUAAACAGGACAUUGCUGAUGUGGUCACAGAGCUUGGUGUGGAUGGGCUGUUGGUCUCCAACACUACAGUAUCCAGGCCUGAGACUCUACAGGACCCCCAGAGUAAAGAGGUGGGAGGGUUGAGCGGCCAGCCCAUCAAGGAGCUCUCUACAUGCACUGUGAGAGAGAUGUACAGCUUGACAAAAGGUAAGGUGCCAAUCAUUGGAGUUGGGGGUGUAGCCAGUGGACAAGAUGCCCUGGACAAGAUCUGUGCUGGAGCCUCAUUGGUCCAGUUGUACACAUCUUUAACCUAUCAUGGUCCACCAGUUAUCACCAAAAUCAAAAGGGAACUAGAACAGCUUUUAAAAGAACAAGGAUUUGCAAGCAUAUCGGAUGCUGUUGGAGCUGACCAUAGAGGAGCCGAGGGGAGAUUAACAACAGCCUAGUUAGGAACAAUGAUCAAGGCUCUGAGUGCCAGUAUCAGUCAGCUCUACAGGUUUGACUGAUUACACUACAGUUUCCUGCCUUUACUUGAAGUCUAUAGUACAUGGAGUGGCUUGCCUGAUCAAUUAAUGUAACGAUUGCCGAGAAUGAUAUCUGUACACACAAAUAUUACAGCAGUAACAGCAGUAUUGGGAACCUGCCCCAUUUCACGGUUCUUAUUGGAUCUAUUGGUUAUUGUGCGAUGUAACCAUAAGAAUGGUUAAGUGCUAACAGUAUUUUGACACUAGCAGUCACGUCAUGUGUAAUGUAUGUAAAAAAAAAAAAGAAAGUUUUUUUAAAAUUAUGUAAAUAUGUGUGCUUUUCAGAAAUACUGUGUGCUGCUAUUUAUAGAACUAUGUGACCAUAGAAAUUGAACAUUUGUUCACAAAUAACUUCCAUUCAAAGUGCUUAAUUUCACAUCUCUUGUAAAUCGCUCAACUGCUACCCACAUAAUGGAGACCUCGUCUGAAAUUAGUGCUGAUCACCUAGCAAUGAGCAGAAUGACAAUUACCUGACAAUUACCAUUUAGCCUUGCUGCAGUAGUCAGUUAAACACUGAGGAAAUAUAACAGCGUUGACAUUUAAAGAAAGGGCAAUGGCACAAUUACUUGCCAAAUGUCAGCAGGCUUUAAUUACACAUGAUCCCACUGUAAGAUGGUUAAACUUAACUCUCAGCAGUAUAACUGAGGAGAAGUGUACCAUAACAAGCUGACAAAGAGGACCAAGUCCAACCGGAUGCACUAAUAGUUCUGUCUUAUUUCUGACCUGUUACAUACAUUGAACUGCCUCCUGUUACGAGUGUAAUGUCAAGGGGGUACUUAAUGGAUGUUGACCUAUUUGAGAAACAUGAACCUUCGAGCACACGCCUCAGGCAAGAAUAAAAGUCAAUUUAAAUUAUGUCUUGACUGUCCAUAUCUUAUUUAGGUAUUCCACACAAUGAGCAUGUUAUUGGGAGGCAGGGGAAACACUGUAAAUGAUCAUCAAAACCUUGGUUGAUAGAGGGUUUAUCGGAACCGGUCUGUACUCUCCUGUCAUUCUCAGAGCUUCGCUUGUACUUCAUCUUUCCCAGUUGACUUCUUCAGAGAAUGUCCACUUCAUGGCCCUUAAGACCUUGUAUAAGCCCUGUACAGAAUUAUAGCUCUCCUUCAUGAUACUCUCUCCCUGCCUCCUCUGUGUUUGUGCUUUUAUUUGUAGAUUGGGGACAGAUGGAGCUGCUUGGGUCGUUAAGGUGACAAGUUGCACCUGGGUUUGGGAUCAACUAAGAGAGAAACGUUCCUGGUGCCCACUACUGGCUCUCUCUCUCCACAAGCACCAUUUUGUUUGGUGAUCUGGUUGAUGAUAUGUUUUUGGAUUAGGUUCAACCUUCAUCCAUGCAUCUCCAUUACACCCCUCACAUGCCUACUUUCACACUUCACAGGUCAGUUUUCCUUUUAAGUUUUUUACUUUGUUAGUUAUUUAAUAAAUAUUUGUGUUACUCCUUAACUGCAGACGUGUGGACUCCCACGCGUGUCACCAUCUAAGAGCCAGGUUGUGACAUUCAGUAGAGGUUACUCACUCACCACCCCCUGAGCAAAUGUUUCUGCCAGUUUGUCCAUUGUACAUAUUUUUCUGUGUCAGAUUAACCUCACCACUAUCAUGAGUGGGUUCAAUAGAUUCCUAGGGUAAAGAAGGUACUGUUUAUGUUGAGUCCUUCCUAAGGCGUCAUGAGAAUUCAAGCAGAAACAAAGCAUAAAAGCAAUCUUACUUCCUCUGAUAUCCAUGUUGACUGAAUGUGUCAUGACUUCCGUUGAAGUUGGUUCCUCUCCUUGUUCUGGCGGCAGUCGUCACCGGCUUUCUAGCUGCCACCGAUCCACUUUUCUUUUUCCAUUUGUUAUGUCUUGAUUGUACACACCUGGUUCCCAUUACAUUAUUAUUAUUUCCCUAUUUAACCCUCUGGUUCUCAUUAUGUUUUGUGCGUGAUUGUUUCUGGUUUUGUGUUAGGGUUUGUUAUCCCUGCGUGGAUUUAUUGGCUGAUUAUUUUUCAGAGUAAAGUACAUUGUUUUACUCA